AUGUCAGAUAUUGAGCCUGAAGCUUCACAAUCAGAUGAUUUACUAGAAAUAGAUGAAAUGUUAGAAAAUAAUUCUCAGCCUAGUAAUUCAAGUUCUCAACAAACUAUUACCAAUAUGUUACAAAGUGUUGUCCCCUAUAAAGGAACCAAAAAGCUUAGCAUUUGUCAUGCUGUUGCAGAAUGGCUUAUAAUUAAUAAUCGACCAUUUGAAGUUAUUAGUGGAGAAGGAUUCUGUAGAUUUAUGCUGCAAAUUGACUCUGCUUUUUGUCACUCCUCUUAUAAGGCAUUAAAAAAAGAGAUUUCCUUAGCAAAUAUAAAUGCAAAAAAACAAAUAAAUGAUCUUUUAGAAAAAAGUAGUAAAACAAUUUCUCUAACCACUGACCUUUGGAUGGCAAAAAAUAAAACCAGAUAUAUCAGAAUAACUGCUUAUUGGUUAAGUGAUAAGUUUGAAUUAAAUAAAAUCCUACUUUGUUUAGAGACAAUGCCAUACCUCCACACUGAUGAUGCUAUUAGAGAAUUUCUUAUGUGUAAAGUUCAAGAAUUUAAUCUACAAAAUAAAAUUUUUUGUGUUGUUAUUGAUAAUAGUAGUAAUAUAGUAGUGGCCAUAAGAGAUUGGAAUGGUGUAAAAAGAUUACCAUAUACAGCACAUACCUUACAACUAUCAGUAAACCAUGCAUUUAAAAAAAAGCAUGAACAAAUUUCCCGUAUUGAAAGUUUGGUUAAAUUUUUUGACUCUCCUAAACAAAAAAUACCUAAUUAUGAUUCAGAAUCUGAUUCAUCUAAUAAAGAAGAAGAAGAAAGUAACAUAUCCUCUGAUGCACAAGAAAAUCAAUCAGAUAAUCUUAAAUUAAUUGUAAAAGACACACAAACAAUUAUUUACAACUCACUUUUUGAAUAUUGGGAUCGGCCAUCACAAAUUUGUCUUCUUUCCACGUUAUUAGACCCUUGGCUAAAAGAAAUGGCAUUUACAAAUGAAGAAGCUCGCAAGAAUACCAUUGAUGAAUGUAGAUACCAACUUCAUCACUAUAUGAAUGUAGCAUCAGAAGAAAGUAUUAUUUCAUUUAGCUUGAUAAACCUCUCUUCUAACAAUAUGUUUAAAGACCUUAUAUUUGGUAAAGCUCAAAGGUUGCAAGAAUCUAUGGAUAAUUUGGAUUCAAGAAAAUACCUUGAUGUCCCUGCUACUUCUGCUUCUAGUGAACAUAUUUUUUCAGAUGCUG